AGUCCUCCCUGUGGUGGCGCCGGAGGCAGCUUGGUGGGCGCCAAGCGUGAGGAGGGGUGAGCCACCCGCCUCACCAUGAUUCAGCUGUGGAAGGUCAUCCGACACGUGCGACAGCUGGAGCUCCACAGACUGAUCCUGCUGCUGAUUGCUUUCAGCCUGGUCUCCAUGUGCUUCCUGGCUUACUAUGUCACCAACAGCCCCAAGAUCAAGGAGCCGCCUCCCCUGCCCUUCAGCGACUGCAGCAACCAGCACCGGGCCCUCCUGCAGCCCCAGGCCAGCUGGAGACUGACCAAGUCUGUGGACAACUCCCGCACGGACCCCGUGGUGCUGGUCUUCGUGGAGAGCAUUUACUCCCAGCUGGGGCAGGAGAUCGUGGCCAUCUUGGAAUCCAGCCGCUUCAAGUACCGGACAGAGAUUGCCCCCGGGAAGGGGGACAUGCCCACUCUGACGGACAAGGACCACGGCCGCUACGCUCUCAUCAUCUACGAGAACAUUCUGAAGUAUGUGAACCUGGAUACCUGGAACAGGGACCUCUUGGACAAAUACUGCGUGGAAUACGGAGUCGGGAUCAUCGGCUUUUUCAAGGCGAAUGAAAACAGCCUGCUGAGCGCUCAGCUGAAGGGCUUCCCCCUCUUCCUACAUUCCAACCUGGGGCUGCGGGACUAUCACAUCAACCCCAGCGCCCCACUGCUGUACGUCACCCAGGCGAACGAGGUGGAGCAAGGCCCGUUGCCUGGGGACGACUGGACGGUGUUCCAGUCCAACCACACCACCUAUGAGCCUGUCCUGAUGGCCAGCACCAAGUCCUCCGAGUCCAUCCCUCAUCUGGCCGCCCACCGAGCCCUGCAUGCCACCGUGGUGCAAGACCUGGGGCUUCACGACGGCAUUCAGCGGGUCCUCUUUGGGAACAACCUCAACUUCUGGCUGCACAAGCUCAUCUUCGUGGACGCCAUCGCUUACCUGACUGGCAAGCGGCUCUGCCUGACCCUGGAUCGUUACGUCCUGGUGGACAUUGACGACAUCUUUGUGGGCAAAGAGGGCACGCGCAUGAAAGUGUCCGAUGUGGAGGCUCUGCUGAACACUCAGAACAAGCUGAGGACUUUAGUCCCCAAUUUCACUUUCAACCUGGGAUUCUCUGGGAAAUUCUACCAUACAGGUACGGAUGAGGAGGAUGAAGGUGACGACAUGCUGCUGAAGCACCGGAAGGAGUUCUGGUGGUUCCCCCACAUGUGGAGCCACAUGCAGCCGCACCUCUUCCACAACGUGACUGUGCUGGCUGAGCAGAUGAAGCUCAACAAGCAGUUUGCUCUGGAGCACGGGAUCCCCACAGACUUGGGCUAUGCGGUGGCCCCCCACCACUCGGGGGUUUAUCCUGUCCACGCCCAGCUCUACGAGGCCUGGAAGGCCGUCUGGGGCAUCCAGGUCACCAGCACAGAGGAGUACCCCCACCUCCGACCAGCCCGCUACCGCCGAGGCUUCAUCCACAACGAGAUCAUGGUGUUGCCUCGGCAAACUUGUGGUCUCUUCACUCACACCAUCUUCUACAAUGAAUACCCCGGUGGCUCCAAAGAGCUUGACAAGAGCAUUCGUGGUGGCGAACUCUUCCUGACAGUCCUCCUGAACCCCAUCAGCAUCUUCAUGACACACUUGUCCAACUACGGGAACGACCGCCUGGGGCUGUACACCUUCGAAAGCCUCGUCAAGUUUGUGCAGUGCUGGACCAACCUUCGCCUUCAGACGCUGCCCCCCAUUCAGCUGGCCAAAAGAUACUUUGAGAUCUUUUCGCAGGAGAAGAAUCCUCUGUGGCAGAAUCCCUGCGAUGACAAGCGCCACAAGGACAUCUGGUCCAAGGAGAAGACCUGUGACCGCCUCCCCAAGUUCCUCAUCGUGGGGCCUCAAAAAACAGGCACUACAGCUGUGCAUGUCUUCCUCUCCAUGCAUCCCGCUGUAACCAGUAACUUCCCCAGCCCCUCCACCUACGAAGAGAUCCAGUUCUUUAAUGGGCCCAACUACCACAAGGGGAUUGACUGGUACAUGGAGUUCUUCCCCAUCCCCUCCAACGCCAGCACGGACUUCAUGUUUGAGAAGAGUGCCAAUUACUUUGACGCCGAGGCAGUCCCCAGGCGCAGUGCAGCUCUCCUGCCCCGGGCCAAGAUCAUCACCAUCCUGAUCAACCCCGCAGACCGCGCCUACUCCUGGUAUCAGCACCAGCGCGCUCACAACGACCCCAUGGCGCUCAACUACACCUUCUACCAGGUGAUUUCUUCGGGGUCCCAAGCCCCCCCAGAGCUGCACACUCUGCGGAGCCGCUGCCUGAGCCCUGGAACCUAUGCCACUCACCUGGAGCGAUGGCUGGCCUACUACCCCUCGGGGCAGAUCCUGAUUGUGGAUGGGCAGGAACUCCGCCUCAACCCUGCCUCCGUCAUGGAGAACAUCCAAAGGUUUCUGGGGGUCACACCACUCUUCAACUACACCCAAGCCCUCAAGUUUGAUGAAGCCAAGGGGUUCUGGUGCCAGGUGCUGGAUGGAGGGAGGACCAAGUGCUUGGGGAAAAGCAAAGGGAGGAAAUACCCGGAGAUGGAUCCCUCGUCCCGCCUCUUCCUGGCUGACUUCUACCGGGAGCACAACGUUGACCUCUCCAAGCUGCUGAACAAGCUGGGGCAGCCCCUGCCCACCUGGCUGCGAGAGGACCUGCAGAGCUCCAGCUGGAGCUGAAGGGAAGGGAAGGGAAGGAAGAGCGCCCACGGCCGGCCCUCGCCUCUUCUCCAGCAGGAGCCAUCCGAGGAAGGAAAGGGCUAGUGAACCUGAACCACCAGGCGGGUGGGGGGGAUGCUUUCGGAGAGGGACGGGGUGUUGAGGCCUUGUGCUGUGGUCCUCCUGCCCCUCGUCCCGGGGAGCUCUCCAGAGGAAUGACGCAGCCUGCCCUCUUCUUCGGUGCGGAAAAGCCAAGGGGUGUGCAGCAGGUGCCACAGAGAAAGAAAAGCACGCCAAGGUUUCAGCUGCUGAGACAUUCCCUCUUAGCAGCCAAUGGGGCAGGAGCCCCCAAGCCAAAGUCGGACUCUUGUAAAUGACCUCGUGGGGGGGAGGGGGCAGCUUGGUUGUUCCACCCAGGAGGUGUCUGAGGAGCAGGGGGGAGGGAAGGCCCCCAGUAGGGACCUGCCCAGGCUCUCUUUCCUGGGUGAGAGAGGUCUUUGUGCACCCCCCCCCCAGUGGCAGGCCCAAGAGGCUGCCUGAGUCACAGCCUCAGAAAAGGCAACAGGUGACCAUCGUGGCUGUCAGCCCCCCCCCCCCCCCCCGCAACACACACACACUCUUGUCCAGACAGUUGGGUGUUCUUGUGCAGUAGGGUUCUUCUGUUCCUCAUUCACGGGCCCCACGGCACAGAGAAGAGGCCAGGCGAGAGAACGUGUGGGUCAGCAUGGGGUCCCUUCUGCCUGCCAUGUCUACCAGCCACCUCCUGUAACCAAAUCCCAUCGUCUUGCCUCUUUCCUCAGUCCCCUUGUUGCGUUGCAACUGGCCCAAUACCUGUCUUGCCAAACUCGCCUUAUGUGGAGCAGAGGCAGGCGCCAGGCUCCUGGGGUGGGGGUGAAGCAGCUGGCUCUGGUGGGGAAGAUUCCUUGGGGGUCCAGCACACAUGCAACUCCUCCAUGUCUCCAUUCUCAUUGGGAGAGAAAUGGUUUCAGCCACACUUAUACUUCGAGCCUUCAUUCUUGUGUAUUUUUUUUAAAAUGGUGAAUUUACCAUUGUCUGUAAAUAGAUAGUAUGGACUAUAUAUAUAUGCUACUUCAUUCAAUGUGUCCCCAAGCAGGGCAAUAUUGUGCAACCAAAGGUGGAACCAACAAAAAAAGCCCUCCUGUGGCCGGAGAGAGGAGCACAUGCCCUGCUGCCCAUGCUGGAUCCAUGUAUAGUGUCAUUCACAUUGAAUGAUUAUGAUGACGAUGAUGAUGAUGAAGCAUAAAUUCCUGGCUCUUGCAGCUGAGCACAAUGUCUAAAUAAAGGCUAGACGUAGCAUUUGGAGACAA